CGUUCUUCGUUGUUUCUUCUCCGUUAUCUUCCUCUCUCCGUCUCUUUCUUCCAGUUGGCGAAUUUGUGCAGCAGAGCAUCAAUCAGAGAUGCAGCAAUCACGAGCAAGACUGUUCAAGGAGUACAAAGAGGUUCAACGAGAGAAAGUAGCUGAUCCUGACAUUCAACUCGUGUGUGACGAGACCAACAUAUUCAAAUGGACUGCACUUAUCAAGGGACCAUCAGAGACUCCUUAUGAAGGCGGUGUGUUCCAGCUUGCCUUUGCUGUUCCUGAAAAUUAUCCUCUGCAGCCUCCUCAAGUUCGGUUCUUGACUAAAAUAUUCCAUCCCAAUGUGCAUUUCAAGACAGGGGAGAUAUGUCUUGACAUAUUGAAGAACGCGUGGAGCCCUGCCUGGACGCUUCAGUCAGUGUGUAGAGCCAUCAUAGCUUUGAUGGCUCAUCCUGAGGCGGACAGUCCUCUUAACUGUGACUCAGGAAACCUACUAAGAUCUGGGGAUGUGAGAGGGUUCAAUUCAAUGGCACGCAUGUACACACGCCUCGCCGCUAUGCCUAAGAAAGGAUGAUCCACUUGUUACAUUACUAAAAGAUUCACAUGUAAGGUUACAAAGGAGAUGUUUCCUUCUUAUUGAAUACGAGUUUAUUGGUUUACAAUUAUUGUAUUGCAGUUUUAAUUAGAAGUAACGCUUCCUUGUUUAA